AUGCCGUUCAAAUGGCCAUAUAAAGGCCGUCUACAGGACAAGUCCUUCCUCUAUGAAAUUGUGGCCAACAAAAGAAAUGGCAUUGAUGUGGACAAGUUUGACUACCUUUCCAGGGACUGCUACCACCUGGGCAUCCAGAACAACUUUGACCAUCUUCGCUUUCUAAAGUUUGUCAGGGUGUGUGAGGUGGACGGGCAGAAGCACAUCUGCACAAGAGACAAGGAGGUGUUCAAUCUGUAUGACUUGUUCCACACAAGGAACGGUCUCCACAGAAGAGCCUGUCAGCACAGUGUGAACAAGAUCGUGGAGUUCAUGAUUGCAGAGGCCUUUGUAAAAGCAGACGAGCACAUCCAGAUUGAAGGAUCAGGAGGGAAGAUGUCCACUCUCUCCACAGCCAUAGAUGACAUGGAGGCCUACACCAAGCUGACAGAUCGUGUGUUUGAACAAAUACUCAACUCUUACUCCCCAACGAUGGCUGAGGCUAGGCAGAUUCUCACCAAGACCAUCUCUGAAAACCUCUCAGAAAUUCUGACAGCAAUAAAAUCUGAGGAACCCAGCGAGCCCACUAAGUUUGUGUUCUCCUAGUGUCCUUGUCACCACUGGUAGCAUGAGGUGGUACCUGCAGCCCAAUCAGAUUGCACAGGUAGUCCAGCUCCUCCAGGAUGGCACAUCCAUGCGUGCAGCUGCAAGACGUUUGCAGUGUCUCCCAGCACAGUCUCAAGAGCAAAGAGGAGAUACCAGGAGACUGGCAGUUACACGAGGAGAGCUGGACAGGGCUGUAGAAGGGCAUCAACCCAGCUGCAGGACCAGUAUCUGCUCCUUUGUGCGAGGAGGAACAGGAGGAGCACUGUCUGAACCCUACAAAAUGACCUCCAGCAGGCUACUGGUGAGCAUCAGAUACCCCACUGGUAUAAUAAGCUGGCCAAAGGAGGAGAUAGAGGCCACUGAUAUCAAGACAAGGAAGCCUCUCACAAUGUAUGGAGGGUUUCAUCACAAGUCCAGCACCCUGAGACUGUACACUAAGCAGAACGAGGGAGGCUGAGGACUUAUGAGUGUCGGAGCCACUGUCCUGGACAAAAAAACAAAGAUCCAGGAAUACAUCAGGAAGAUGGCCCCCAAAGAUGAACUGCUAAGUGAAUACCUCAGGCAGCAGAAACCCAAGGAUGAACCAUCAUGAAAGGACAAGCCCUUUCACGGCAUGUACCGCCGACAGCCACACCAGAUAGGACCCCAUGUGCAGGCUGUGCAAAGAUGAUCCUGGGAUA